CCGCAAGCUGAGACAGGUGCUGAGCACAGCAGGUGCAACAGAAUGACAGGUGUUUGAUCAACAGAAGACGAUGCUCAGGGCCUGACAUCACUGCAGGGGAGGAGCAGUGGGUUUAGAAGGAGCUGACAGAAGGACUGCUACCAUGGCUGAUGGAAAGGGAUUCACCUGUCUUAUGGUCAUUCUCAUCCUGGGGAAUAUAUUUGGAGCUGCAGCAGGUCUUGCCCUUUGCGCUCUGGCCAUCUGGAUUGCAGUAGAUCAAUUCAAGCUCUACCCUAUAUCUGGUGUGUCGGGGAAAGAUGACAUCUUUGCCGGGGCCUGGAUUGCCAUUUUCACAGGCUUUGCCUUCUUCUGCAUGUGUGUCUUUGGUAUCUUGGCUGCUGCGAUGAAGAGCCGUGCCUUAAUGCUAACAUAUCUGAUCCUGAUGUUGAUCAUCUACAUAUUUGAGUGUGCCUCGUGUAUCACUGCAGUCACCCACAGAGACUAUCUGGUUGGAAACAGUAAUCUGGUGAAGAAGCAGAUGCUGAAGUACUAUGCAGCCGAUGGUGACUCUGGCAGUCAGAUCACACUGACAUGGAACAAAGUGAUGAAAGAGGUGGAGUGUUGUGGAACGGAUGGCCCAGUGGACUGGAUAGAGUACAACUCCACCUUCAGGGAGAAGUUUGGUACAGACUACCCCUGGCCCACCCACUGCUGCAAGAGGAAGAACAACUACGAUGUGGUGAAUGUGGAGGCCUGCAAGAACGGCCAGAACACCACCAUGUUCACUAAGGGCUGCUUCAACCACAUUGAGUCUGUGUUCAGUCGAUAUACAUGGGCUAUCAGCUGGUAUGGUUUCGCUGUGCUAAUGUUUAUGUUCUUGCUGUUGAUCCUGGCCAUGGUGUACUACCUGAUGCUGUGAGAAGUCUGGAGGUGAUGUCUCUAACCCAUGUUUUUGACUUUCUGCUGAAGCCACACCAACCCUCACUUCAGCCACCACAGUGCCUUGCAAAAGUAUUCACCCCCUUGGCGUUAUUUUGUUGCUUUACAACCUGUAAUUGAAUUUAAAUUGAUUUUUAUUUGGAUUUCAUGUAAUGAACAUACACAAUAUAGUCCAAAUUGGUGAAGUGAAAUGUAAAAAAUUACUUUUUACUUUUUUUACUUGUUUAAUUUUUUUUUUUAAAGGUGGUGCGUGCAUAUAUAUUCAACCUCUUUGCUAUGAAACACCUAAAUAAGAUCUGGUGCAACCAAUUACCUUCAUAAGUGACAUAAUUAGUUAAAUAAAGUCCACCUAUGUGCAAUCUAAGUGUCACAUGAUCGGUCACAUGAUCUCAGUAUAUAUACACCUGUUCUGAAAGGCCCCAGAGUCUGCAACAUCACUAAGCGAAACCACCAAGCAAGCGGCACUAUGAAGAUCAAGGAGCUCUCCAAACAGGUCAGGGACAAAGUUUUGGAUAAGUACAGAUCAGGGUUGGGUUCUAAAAAAAUAUCUGAAACUUAAAUCCCACGGAGCACCAUUAAAUCCAUUAUUUAAACAUUUUAAGAAUAUGGCACCACAACAAACCUGCCAAUAGAGGGCCGCCCACCAAAACUCACGGACCAGGCAAGGAGGGCAUUAAUCAGAGAGGCAACCAAGAGACCAACGAUAAACCUGAAGGAGCUGCAAGCGGAGAUUGGAGUAUAUGUCCAUAGGACCACUCUAAGCCGUACACUCCACAGAGCUGGGCUUUUCGGAAAAAGAGUGGCCAGAAAGAAAUAAGCAAACAGGUUUGGUGUUCGCCAAAUGGCAUGUGGGAUUCUCCCCAAACAUAUGGAAGAAGGUACUCUGGUCAGAUGAGACUAAAAUUGAGGUUUUUGGCCAUCAAGGAAAACACUAUGUCUGGUGCAAACCCAACACCUCUCAUCACCCCGAGAACCCAAGCAGGGUUGUGGCAGCAUCAUGCUGUGGGGAUGUUAGUCAUCAGCAGGGACUGGGAAACUGGUCAGAAUUGAAGGAAUAAUGGAUGGCGCUAUAUAGAGGGAAAUUCUUGUUUCAGUCUUCCAGAGAGUUGAGACUGGGACGGAGGUUCAUCUUCCAGCAGGACAAUGACCCUAAGCAUAGUGCUAAACCAACACUCGAGUGGUUUAAGGGGAAGCAUUUAAAUGUCUUAGAAUGGCCUAGUCAAAGCCCAGACCUCAAUCCAAUUGAGAAUCUGUGUUAUGACUUAAAGAUUGUUGUACUCCAGUGGAAACCAUCCAACUUGAAGGAGCUGGAGCAGUUUUGCCUUGAAGAAUGGGCAAAAAUCCCAUACAGACAUACCCCAAGAGACUUACAGCUCUAACAGCUGUAAUUGCUGCAAAAGGUGUCUCUACAAAGUAUUGACUUUUUUUUUUUGGGGGGGUGUAGUUAUGCACGCUAAAGUUUUCAGUUUUUUUGUUUUAUUUCUUGUAUGUUUCACAAUAAAAAAUAUUUUGCAUCUUCAAAAGGGUAUGUUGUGGCAUGUUGUGUAAAUCAAAUGAUACAACCCCCCCCCCAAAAUCAAUUUCAAUUCUGGGUUGUAAAGGCAAAAAAAAAUGAAAAAUGCCAAGGGGGGUGAAUACUUUCGCAAGCCACUGCACCUAAUUUCUUAAAUAACAAAUGUCUGUGGGAAUGAUGACAGAAAAGUGUUUCUGAUAUAUAGACAAUGAACACUGUGUAGUGAUUUUCCAUCUUUUUAGGUAAAUGGUCUCAAAUUUGUAUAUUUUAUUUAUGUUUUUUUUAAUGGUUUAUUGCACUGUAAAUUCUAGAUGAACAAAUGGUGAUUGGCCUGAAAACUUCAAUGUCCUAACUGCUUUGGUAAUAGGAUAGAUAUAUAGUUCUUAUCAUUAAAUGUACAGUACCAGUCAAAAGUUCGGACACACCUACUCAUUCCAAGGUGUUUCUUUAUUUGGACUAUAAGCUACAUUGUAGAAUAAUAGUGAAGACAUCAAAACUAUGAAAUAACACAUAUGGAGUCGUGUAGAAUCUAAAAUAUAUUUUGAUUUGUUUAACAAAUUUGUUUAACUUUUUUGGUUACUACAUUAUUCCAUGUGCUAUUUCAUAGUUUUGAUGUCUUCACUAUUAUUCUGCAGUGUAGAAAAUAGUAAAAAAUAAAGAAAAACCCUUGAAUGAGUAGGUGUGUCCAAACUUUUGAUUUGAUACUGUAAGAGAAAAUUUAUAUAAAAGAACAUGAUUUACAUGGCUGUUGUACAUUUCCAUUUCUUGUUGAGUUGUGUUAUAUUAUUAACAGAGAUCCUUGCUCAGGGAUUCUUGAAAUUCAGGACAAUCCUUGUUUAUCCUAGCUUAAAUAUUUAUUUGAGGUCAUUUUCAAAAUAUUUUCAAUAUUAUUGAUUUCCAUGUUGACUGUAUGCCAGGAAAUGCCCUUGUCCAGAGCAAACUCCCUGAAAGUGUCCCCAAAAAAUGUAUGGCAAAAAUGAAAUAACUUAAAGAAUCUCAUGUAGUUGCCUGACUUACAGUAUCUGAUAUAGUUGCCUGACUUACAGUAUCUGAUAUAGUUGCCUGACUUACAGUAUCUGAUAUAGUUGCCUGACUUACAGUAUCUGAAAACUGUGAUUCCUAAAAAAAUGUAUCAGGUGUUUUGUUCAUCUCCAUCAGAUUUGUCUAUCUUUAUUAAAUGAAUCAGAAAUGAAUGAGCAGGGUCAGCUAUACCAUGACAACCCUUUCUUCAUCUCCUGAUUGCAUGUAGUGCAACAAGACAACGCAUGGUCCUGAAAGUCCUCUACUUUUGAUAGAUUUAAACAAACAAUAUUGAAAUCACCAUGUUCACAACAAUAACCUGUCAACUCCAUCUCCCUUAUAGGAAUUAUUUUGGUGCGCUAUGACCCUUCACAGUUGAGCUCACUUAGUUUAGCUCAAUGCUGAUUGGCUAUUAUGUAAUAUAUAUAUAUAUAUCUCAAGAGAGGCCAAAUGCUCGCUGGCUUCCCUUGUAUUCAAUGCUAGGGGCAGCAACAAUAUAUUUUUUUUUUACCAGACAGCAUCAAAUAGAUGGGCUCACAUACAGUACAGAGACAGAGGGGCUUUGUUUCACUCACUCGGAUGCUUUCGCCGGUGAGAUACAUUCAGCCUCUUGCAAAUUGAAGGAAAAUUAUGACGCACAGAGAAAGAAAGAUACAUUAUAUAUAUUAAAAAAAUGUCCAUGUUUUGGGGAAGCCUGGCUUCUCUUGGCAUUCAUGACUACACGCCACUGAGACCAAGCUGAAUUUAAGGGCAUAUAGCCCAUUAUUUUUCCUCAGUGCAAAAUGUGAUAAUACACAAGCUAGAGAACAGGUGUGUCUGUUUAAUGAAAAUCUGGUAAUAUGUGGCCAAUUAAAUAUUUCUUGUUGGUCUCAGGGAAUGUAAAACAAUAGGUAGACUUACAUUUUAAAUCAUCAAAUAUGUUGAAUGAGCAACUAAUGAGCAUAGAGACUGGAAAGCCUCACAAAUUUGACGAAAUUACCUUAGGCCUAUAUCUUUCAUUAUAUUAUUAUUAUUAUUAUAAACUGGGUGGUUCGAGCUCUGAAUGCUGAUUGGCUGACAGACCGUAUACCAAGGGUAUGACAAAACGCGGUACAGAGGGCCAAAACGUGGGACUGUCCUGUACAAUCAGGGACAUUUGGUCACCCUACUUAUAGACAGAAUAUGAGUUAUGGUUCAGAUAUGUUCAUUUUAAUUAGGUUUAAGAGUCAUAAAAUAACAGAGGAAAACUAAAUUGCUGUUAAGUAUACCACUUGAAGGUUGAAGAAAAAUAUGCAAAUUCUCAACUCCAUAAAACAUCAACUCCGUCAGAUUUAUGUCUAAUGUCAACUCUGCCAGGUUGCUGAAAGAUUUGAUAGAACAGUUAUGUUUUUAUUGGGGAAUUUCUAAUUAAUUAUUUUCCAUUAUUUAGAAAAUGUUUGUAUUGAACUUAAAAAUGUCUGUUUUAAGUAUCUGUACUCCAUUAGAGGCAUUUCAACUCUGUCACUAAUGGGUAACCCCCUUAAGAUCGAUACUUUUGUCAAUAUUCUGAAUAAAUAUUAAUAUGCUUAAA